UUUUUGACGUCUGCGCCUUUCCUGCUGGAAGAACAAGCCAAUGGAAUUGCUUCGGGAGAGAACGUUGAAGCAGGAAAAAAAAAACGCGUUGCGCACGCAUGCACGCAACAGAACUUCCGUUUUAUUCCUUCCGAGAGAUCUUUACUUUCCUGAAUGCAGCUGUAAUACCAGUUCCCAUGGAGAAGAUCAAGGAACAGUUUUCUAGGCUUCAAAUAGCAAAACGGUGUUCACUAACAGAAGACCCAUCUUACUUAUUGGACAUAGAUAUUUCAAGAGCAGAAGGGAGCCAUUUAGUGGCUGUUUCCUGCUCCAAUAAAUCAAUCAACGUUUACAACAGGGAGACAUUGUGCUUGCUACAAGAAUAUAACAGCCAUCCUGCAUUGCUAAGUGGUGUCAGAUUUGCACAUACAAAUGAAAAUGUAUUAUUUUCAGCUGGCAGUGAUGGAUCAUUGAAGUGUUGGGAUAUUCGUUCAUCUGUUGUAAAGCCUGUACAGUUGUUUUGUGGCAAACCUUCAGAUAUUUUCAUUAGCUGUGAUGUAAGCUGCAAUGACCUCGUAGUAUGUGCUGGCACAGAAAAAGUGAAAGAAGAUGCAUUCAUAACAUUCUGGGAUGCGAGAGGCUGCACCAAUAGUGUCCCUUCCAGCAAACAGCCACUAGGUGUCUAUUCAGAAUCUCAUAAUGAUGAUGUUACUAAAGUAUGUUUUCAUCCCAACAAACCACAUUUGCUUGCUUCAGGCUCAACUGAUGGAUUGGUAAAUGUGUUUGAUAUUAACAAACACAAUGAAGAAAAUGCUCUGGUUUCCACUUGUAACUCUGAUUCUUCCGUAAGUUCUAUUGGAUGGGCUGGAAAAGAUUAUUGGCAGAUUUACUGCAUGACACAUGAUGAAGGAUUUUGUUAUUGGGAUCUUGCUCAGCUGGAUUCUGAAAUGUCAACUACAUUAUUGCAUAUUUCAGAUGUCAGAGAAGUAGAAAAUAUCAAACUGGAUUACUUAAUUGGUGGUGUUUAUCAUGAAAAAGUGGACAAAUUGUUUGUGUUUGGAGGGAUGUCAACAGGAAGCAUUUGUCUCAUAGAGUGUUGUGCUCCUGAACUGAAUUGUGUGGGAAUACUUCAAGGAGGACACUCUGCUACCGUUCGUUCCUUCUACUGGAAUAUGGUUGAUGAUUCUCUAUUUACAGGAGGAGAGGAUGCAGAGUUGUUGCUAUGGAAACCAGGAGCUGUAGAAAAAGCUUUGAGUAAGAAAACUUCUAUGAAAAUGGCUUCCUCUGUCAAUCAGCAAACAAAAGUUCAUCAACAUUCCUUGAAAACAAAAAAAAUGUAAAGAAAUGAAGAGUUCCAUUUUUAACACUUCUAAAGAGAUGGUUGUGUGUGUGUGUGUGUGUGUGUGUGUGUGUAUUGUAGAAGAACCCAAAAAAGAGUGGUUGAAGUUUAAAGGCAAUUGAUGAAAUUAGAGAACAGGAAGAUAAGCAAUUUUAUAAAGUAUGGGAUUUAUUUUAUCAAUGGUUGGAUGGGAAAUUAUGAUAAAAAAGAUUCCAGUUUUUAAUAAGCUAAAAAUUAUUGAAUGAUAUAAUUGUUUUAAAAGGAUGGAUAAACUAGGGCAAUAAGACAAAAUAUUGUUCCAGAAUGAUUAUUAGAGAUUAAUUGAUUAAAAUAUUUUACAACUAGAUGAUAAAUUGGAUGAUUAAACAAAUUAAUGAUAGUUAAUUGUUUGCACAAAAAAUGUAACCCACACACCGACACAUUUUAUUGAAAUUUGAAUGGAAGAUGGUUUUAUGUUUGUAUAUUUCUAAAAAAAAAACUUUUUCAAAAAAAAGAAAUUUAAAGGCAAUUGAAUAUGAUAACUGUUGUGUGGACUAGAACCUAUUUCAUUGUACACAAAAAUGUAUGCUGUAAUAGAUUUGUUACUAUGGUGCAACAACACUAUUCCUGCUUGUAUGAGUUGACUUUUCAAAAAGCUGUAGUAGUUUUAAAAGGCUGAGUUUUCUAAACUUGGAUACUGUUUAUGCUUUCACCAUGAAUAUGCUUCCUCACUCAAUUGAAAUCAGUGGAGUCCAAUUGGGUAGGAUUGAUCUUCCAGUAUAAGAAAUGUACACAAGAAUGUUUAUUAUUCAUAUAUGGCAGGGGUCUCCAACCUUGGCAACUUUAAGACUUGUGGACUUCAACUUGUGGAAUUGCAGUCUACAAGUCUUAAAGUUGCCAAGGUUGGAGACCCCUGAUAUAUGGCAUAGGGCCUGGCUACCUACAAAACCCACUUCCUCUCAUCACAUCAGCCUGUCCCACUCAUUCAGGCAGGGAAAGCAUGCUACAGAUCCCGUCAAUCAAAGAAUUUUUCUUCAAAAAGUUCUUCGACUGAUGGGAUCAAGGAAGAGGACCUGUUUUGCUGAUGCCCCUGCUUUGUGGAACAUCUUGCCCUCAGAGGUGAGGAAAGCCCUCAAUCUCUUGGCCUUUCACAAAGGAUCAAAACCUGGCUGUGUAGUCUUGUGUGGGAGAUACAGGCCCACACAGCCAUGGGCUGGUCAACUUUAUGAGAACCCCUGUCUAUAUUAACAACUCUUGGUUUCUCCAUCUUAGAAUUCCAUCUUUUGUAAUUUUAUAAUGUUUUACAUUUUAAAAAAAAAUAAAACCUUAAAUUAUAUGUUUUUUUUAAGGUUUUAUUGUACUGAUGAAAUUGUACACUACCCAAAGCCCCUCUAUUAGAGAGGUGGGUGGUUAAGAAGUUUGAUGUGUAUAUAAAUAAAUGUUGCUACUUGUAGUCUUACUUGUAUGUUUCAGUGAACUGUAUUUUUGCAAAUCAUUACAAUAUUGAUACAUGGAGGGAGAUGGGACUUGAAGCAGCCUUGAUCUGUGAAUGUGAAAAAAUUGCAGCAGAGUACUUGGUCUGCAGGCCAUAUUUGGGGGGGAAAUGGAUUUAAAUUUUAUCUUAAUAUUCUUAAAAAACGGAGUCAAUACUGAGGAGAAGGAGGAAGAUCUGCUUAAAUAACCUGAUAACCCACGUCACCCAUCAAAAGAGAUCAAAUUAGUUAGAGAACAAUCAUGGUACUUGAGGAUAUCUAAAAUGAGACAUGAAUUGUAAUUAGCUUAUAUUGUCCGGCCCCAGGUUCUAUAAAAUGUUACCUUUAUUUUGAUUUGAAAUACAUUUUGAUUCAAGAUGGUAAAGAAUUGUAACUCUUUCUAGAAAAAGAACAAUUUGGAGGUAAAAUUAAUGCUCUUGUGUAUUUACGAGAGUGUUUUUCUUUGUUGUAUAGUCAUCUAGAUCAGGGGUCUCCAACCUUGAGAACUUUAAG